AUGCCUGCAAUGAAACAGACCAACGGCGAUGCUCGGGGAACUCGCCCUGUCCGCAUCGCCAACGUUUCCGGUGGCCAGAUGGAGCCUGCGUACCAGAUGAGGAAGCAAGCCACCAUGGGCGACAUUGACUUCAUCACUGGUGACUGGCUCGCGGAGAACAAUAUCGCUCAGGAAGCAGCAGCCAUGGAAGCCGGAAAGGGCGAGGGUUUCAAGCCCAACGCCUGGCAAGGAUUGCAACUGACCAUGGAUGUGAUCGCCGAGAAAGGAAUCAAGGUUGUUAUUAACGGUGGCGGACUUGGUCCCCACAACCUGGCCCGCCGUUGCCAGGAACUGAGCGACAAGCACGGCUAUGGUUUGAACGUUGCAUACGUUUCGGGAGACAGCAUCGUCCAUCGUGUUCGUUCAUCCCUCGAGGAGAAUGGCAAGCUCCCGUCGACUUUCCAGGACAUCAGCGAGACUGAGCACACCGAAGUGACGUUCACGGCCAAGGAGGUGCUGGCGGCUACGGCAUACAUUGGUGCGAGAGCCAUUGUCAAAGGCCUUGAAAACGGUGCAGACAUUAUUAUCUGCGGUCGCGUGGCCGAUGCAUCGCCAGUCAUCGGCGCGGCUUGGUGGUGGUACGGCUGGAGCGACACCGACUACGACCGACUUGCUGGAGCUUUCCUGGCUGGCCAUCUUAUUGAGUGCUCUGCUUACGCCUCGGGAUCGAACUUCAGUGGCUUCCAUCGCUAUCCCCUUGAGACAUUCGUCGACAAUGGAUUCCCGAUUGCCGAAAUCGAACAGGAUGGAGCUUGCGUGAUCACCAAGCACGAGGGCACCGGCGGCAUGGUGUCGGAGGAUACGGUCAAAUGUCAAAUGUUAUACGAAAUCCAAGGCAAUGUGUACCUCAACAGCGACGUCAAGGCGAUCCUAGACCAUGUACAGAUCAAACAGGUGGGCGAGAAUCGCGUCAGGUUCUCCGGAAUAGUUGGGCGGCCACCCCCACCGACUACUAAGCUUGCCAUCUUUUUCCUGGGCGGAUACGAAGCUCAGAACCUCGCCAACUUCGCUGGUUAUUCGUGGCGACGCAAGUACAAAUUGUAUGAAACGCAGAUCAGACAGCGUAUGGCGGAGCAGGGCCUUGCAGACAAGUUCGACAUUCUGGCGUUCCAAGUGAUUGGUUCUGCGAGACCGGAUCCACGAUACAUGUUCGAAUCGACAACAUACACUCGGAUAUUCGCCCAAGCCAAGACUCCGGAACCUCUGUCUGCCCUCAAACUAUUGCUCGCCGAUCAGACUCAACAAAAGCCUUCGGGACUUCACUGGGCUCAGGACAUGAGAACCGCCGAUCCAAAAUCAUUCUACGUCUACUACCCGUGCAUCAUGCCCCAAGACGAGAUCGAGGAAGCUGUCCACCUUCUCGAGAAGGGAGGCAAGGUCAAGAAGACCAUCCCCGUUACUCGCCCGCCUGCUUACGAGGAAUGGUCCGGAAAACGCGAUUCCUACGAUACACCCAACCCCGUCCCCCUCGAAUCCUUUGGUCCUACGAAGCGCAUUCCGCUGGGCGAUCUCAUCAUCGGAAGGUCCGGCGACAAAGGACCUAACGUUAACGUCGGCUUCUUCACCGACCGUCCAGAAGUCUGGGAGUGGCUCCGCAAUUUCUUGACUUUGGACCGUAUGAAGGAACUCAUUGGAAAGGAUUGGAAAGAAGGAUACCGUAUCGAGCGUGUCGAAUUUCCCACCAUCUAUGCGGUACACUACGUGGUGUAUUGGAUCCUCGGCAGAGGUGUGAGCAGCUCGACACUUCUGGACAAUCGAGGAAAAGGGUUCGCCGACUACAUACGCGCAAAGCACGUCGACGUGCCCGAGAAGUUUCUGCAGUGGGCGGUGGCGGAUAACGAAGAGUUUCUCUAG